AUGUCACCAGUCUCAACAUCAGCAAGUUUUAAUGGUGGUAGUGGUUCAUUAACUGCACGACGUAAUGGAACUAAUUAUCGUUAUCGAACUGUUAAUGCUCAAUCAGAAGUUGAUGAAACAUUAUUUGGUGCACCACAUCGAUUAGAAACAGCUGCACAAAUGAGAGCAGAACGUCAACAAAAUGACAAUAAACAAAAUGAAAAUACAACAAAACAAACUGUUCCUGUCAAAAAAGAAAUUGUUAGACAUAUUACAAAAGAUCUUAUUCGUGAUAUUGUUGUCCCAGAAGAUAAAACUAGUAGUUCAGUUAUUAUUGAUAGUGCUACAUAUGAACGUUUAGCUCAUGCAGCUCGUAAUAGACCAAAAGAUGUACGGGAAAAUGAAUUUCGAGAAUCUAUACGAUUGAGAGAUUCAAUUGAUACUGAACUUGAUCGCCGAAAGAAAGCAAUUCAAGGAUAUGAUCAACAACGUAGAAAAAAUGCUCCUUUAGAUGAUAUUGAACAAGAAGCUAAAGAAGAAGCUGAAUAUAUGUUAAAACGAGCCAAUGAUCUUCGACAAGAACAAGAAGAUGAAGUUAAACAUCUUAAUGAAUUAAUUCUUAAUGCCAAAUGUCAUGCUAUACGUGAUGCACAAGUUUUAGAAAAACGACAAAUUAAAAAAGAAAUGACUGAUGAAGCUCAACGGUUGGAUAUGAUGAUGGAAAUUGAACGUCUCAAUGCACUCAAAAUACAAGAAGAAAUUGAACUACGACGACAUUUACAAAAUAAACAAGGUGCAAGUAUGGUAAUGAAACAAAUUGAAGAGAAUGAAAAAGACAAACUUCUUAAAGAAGAAGCUCGUGAACAGGAAAAUAUGGCUAUGCUUGAAUAUAUGGAAAAAUUACAAGAAAAAGAUUCCGAAGAAUAUUUAAAACGAAAAGAUUCACAAAAGAAAUUAGCUCAAGAACUUUUAAAAGCAAAUACUGAUAUCGAAGAACAACGUGCAUUUCGUCGCCAACAUGAUCGUUUAGCUGAUUUAGCUAUACUUGAAUUUCAAAAAGCUAAAGCAGCACGUGAAGCAGCACAAGAGGCUGAAAUUGAACGUAAACGUGCUGAAAAAGAAAAAGAAGUUGCACGUUUACGUGUUCAACAAGAACGUGCAAGAGAUUUACAAGCUGAUAAAGAUGCUUUAAGAGCUCGACGUGAACAAGAACGACGUGAACGAGAAUGGAGAGAAAAAGAAAAACUUGGAGUUGUCAAAAAGAAACAAUUAGAAGAAGAAAUGCGUUUUGCACGAGAUUGGCAAAUAAGAAAUAAAGAACAUCAUUUAGCUACUGAAGCUGCAAGAGAACGAGCUGAAUUUGAACGUGUACUUAAAGCACAAUUAGCACAAGCUGAAAAAGAUCGUAAUCAACAAGUUGAACGUGUUACAAAACGUCAUAAAUUUGCAAAUGAUUUACGUGACCAAAUUAUUCGUCAUGAAAAACAAAAAGUUGAAGAACGAACAGCAUUCUUUGAUGAAGGUGCUCGACUUGAUGAACAAGCAAGAUUACGUCGAAUGCGUCUUGAUGAAAUAAAAACACAAAAACUUAAUGAUUUACGUCGUGCCGGUGUACCAGAAAAAUAUUGUGCGGAUAUUGAACGAAAAAUUCAUAUUACAGCACAUUCAAAUAAUGAUAGAACGACAAAUACAUCAGCUGUUCAUUAA